AUGAAGACAACACUCCUUCUCGCCGCUCUGUCGGGCCUGGUGCAAUGCAGGGAAACCGUCGUCGAGUCCAUUGCCUCGCUCCCACUCGGCUGGAAGAAGGUCCGCGAUGCCGACCCGUCCACCCAGCUGAAGCUGCGUAUCGCCCUUGAACAGCCCAACACGGCUGUUUUCGAGCAGAAGCUCUACGACGUCUCGAAUCCGGAGCAUCCCCUGUACGGCCGACAUCUCGAGCGCGAAGAACUCGCGCAGCUUCUGGCCCCCAGGGACGAGUCUACAUCUGCCGUCCUGAACUGGCUCCGCGAAGCUGGUGUGCCAGGCUCCAAGGUUGAGAAUGAUGGAGACUGGAUUAACUUCCAGGUUUCUGUUAGCAAGGCCGAGGAGAUGUUGGGCGCCAAAUUCGGCGUUUACAGAUACCUGGACUCCGGAGUCGAUCAAGUUCGUGCCCUGGCGUACUCAGUGCCGGAGGAGGUCAAGGAACACAUCACCUUCAUUGCCCCCAUCAUCCGGUUCGGUCAGCCCAAGGCGCAACGUAGCCAGGUUUUUGAGGUGGUGGACGCUCAGAACGCCGCGUUAACGGCCGCAAAAAUUCCACCGCAGACCCUGAAUGUGACAGCUUGCAAUGCCACCAUUACGCCUGAGUGUCUGAGGGCACUAUACAGGGUUGGCAGCUAUCAGGCUGAUCCCAGCAAGCGGAGUCUGUUUGGCGUGGCUGGCUAUUUAGAGGAGUAUGCCAAAUACGACCAACUCGAGCUCUUCGAGUCUGUCUACGCCCCUUACGCCUCUGGUGCCAACUUCUCUGUCGUCCAGAUCAACGGCGGCGGCAACAACCAAACUGACACAGUCGAUGACGACGUUGAAGCCAAUCUCGACAUCCAAUACGCCGUGUCCAUGUCCUACAAGACCCCCAUAGUGUACUACAGCACUGGUGGCCGCGGCCCGCUCGUGCCUGACCUGGAUCAGCCCAUCGCAAACGAGUCUUCCAACGAGCCGUACCUCGAGUUCCUGACCUACCUCCUCAAGCAGCCAAACUCGGCUCUUCCCCAAACCCUGACUACUUCGUACGGUGAAGACGAGCAGUCUGUUCCUCGCUCUUACGCCGAGAAGGUCUGCCAAAUGUUCGGCCAGCUGGGUGCCCGCGGCGUCUCCGUCAUCUUUUCUUCAGGCGACACCGGCCCGGGAUCUGCAUGCCAGACUAACGACGGCAAGAACACGACUCGCUUCCUCCCUAUUUUCCCAGGCGCCUGCCCUUAUGUCACCUCGGUCGGAGCAACGCGCUACGUGGAGCCGGAAGCUGCCGUGUCCUUCUCCUCUGGCGGCUUCUCCGAUAUUUUCCCCCGCCCCGUGUACCAAGCCCUUGCGGUAUCAGGAUACCUGAAACAGCUCGGCAAGCGCUGGAAUGGACUGUACAACCCGAAUGGCCGCGGCUUCCCGGACGUUGCGGCUCAGGGCGUGCGCUAUCACGUCUUCGACUACGACAAGGACAUUCUGGUGUCUGGAACAAGUGCGAGCGCCCCCAUGUUUGCGGCGCUGGUAAGCUUGCUCAACAAUGCGCGGUUGGCCAAGAACCUGCCACCAAUGGGGUUCCUAAAUCCCUGGCUGUACACUGUUGGCUGGGCUGGUCUUACGGAUAUCGUCCAGGGUGGAAGCUCGGGUUGCACGGGGAGGGAUAUUUACAGCGGGCUGCCGGCUCCAUACGUGCCGUAUGCGGGCUGGAAUGCUACGCCGGGUUGGGACCCGGUCACCGGCUUGGGCACUCCGUUGUUCGAUAAGCUGUUAGAUUUGAGCACUCCGGGCUGGUGGUUGCCCAAGAUUGGUGGCCACUAG